AUGCCAGUCCGCCGAUCCUUAGCUCGCAGCGCCCUCGCCACGUCACCAGGCACGUCAGGUUCGCCAAUAACUGCGGUGCCGGACCUGCCGACCGUGUCGGUGGUGAUUCCUCUCUUCAACGAGGCUCGGAGCAUCCCGAUUCUGGUGGAAAGGGUCGGCGACGUGCUGAGCCGCGCGGGGUGGCCACACGAAGUGAUUUGCGUGGAUGACGGGUCGUCAGAUGGCACGUCGCUGCUGCUGAAGGCGAUGGCAGCAGAGAGGCCGGAGCUGCGGGUGGUGGUGCUGCGCCGUAACUUUGGCCAGACGGCCGCCAUGGCUGCCGGCUUUGACUACGCUGCAGGUGACUUCGUAGUGACGCUGGACGGCGACUUGCAGAACGACCCGUCAGACAUUCCGCGGCUGCUGCGCCUGCUGCUGCUGGGCCGCAAGGGCGCCGUGGGGCAGGAGGCGGGGGCGCGGUGGGUGGCGGGCAGGGAGCGUGACGGCGGCGGGUAUGACAUGGUGUGCGGGUGGCGGCGCGCGCGGAGAGACGACUUCCUCUCGCGCAACCUGCCCUCUGCUGUGGCGAAUCUGCUCAUUGGGGCCGUCACCGGGGUGCGGCUGCACGACUACGGGUGCAGUCUGAAGGCGUAUCGCGGGUCGCUGGUGCGCUCCAUGCGCCUCUACGGCGAGCUGCACCGCUUCCUGCCCGCCCUCGCCGCCAUGGAAGGCGCCUCCAUCUCCGAGCUCGAGGUGCAGCACCAUCCACGGCAAGUGGGAGUGUCAAAGUACAAUCUCUCUCGCACGCCCCGUGUGCUCGUGGAUCUGCUCACUGUCGCCUUCCUUACGCGCUUCCGAGACCGCCCCAUGCACUUCUUCGGUCCCCUCGCCGCCCUCACGCUCCUCGCUGCCGCCGUCUUUUUUGUCCUCUUCUGCGCGGCGGCGCUCAAGGCGGCUGCAGCCUACGGGGUGGGCAUGGCUAUGGUGGUGGGAGCAGCACACCUGGUGGCGUCUCUUGAGUUUGUUGUUGCUGGAUUCGUUCUGUUUGGGCUAGGCCUGGUGGCGGAGCUGUGCAUGAGGACGUACUACGAGGCUCAAGGAAGAUCUGUGUACCGAGUGAGAGAGGUUGCCAACUGA